AUGCCAGGAACAAUCCUCAUCACCGGCGCCACCAGCUCCCUCGCCACACGCGUCAUUCACCUUCUCCUCACCAGCUACUCACAUCAAGACCCGGCUCCCGAACACGAGAACAAACAUGAGUUUACGCUGCUGCUAACAGCCCGCAAUCCAUCUAAGCUCAAAAUCAAACUCCCCGAACUCACAGGCAACACAAACAUCAGCGUCAAAGUUAGAACCCUCGACCUCUCUAGCAUCUCAUCCGUGCACACCUUCGCUACAGAAGUCAGCGCAGACGUCCAAUCUGGCAAGACCCCGCCGCUAACUAGCAUUAUCUGCAAUGCUUCGCACUGGGAUCUGCGCAAAGAAGAGGAGGUAACGGACGAUGGAUACGAGAGGACAUUCCAAGUUAACUUCCUCGCGCACGCGGUGCUUAUCCUCCGGCUAUUGGGUUCAUUUAAACCGGAGGCGGGAGGACGCAUUGUGCUUCUCACCUGCGAUGCGCAUCUACGCUGGCCAUUGAAAUCCGUACUUGAACGAGGACGCGCACGCGGCCUGGAGAAGUAUCCGCCUGGUAUGCCGGAUGAUCUAGAUGAGUUGGUCACGGUCGAAUCUCAGGCUCAAUGUGAGCCACAGUCUCCCGAACAGAUUUUAGAAGAGCUGCAGGAGAAGCCGAAGAUCAGGAAGAAGGAGAAGCCGGAAUUCAUGGCCCGCGGAAUCCGGCGACACGCAAACUCCAAGAUUGCCAUCAUCAUGUGGAUGUACGCGUUGAACCGGCGGUUAGAGGAGGACAUCGCCCUCAACACCAUCACCGCCAUCGCAGUCAACCCGGGGACCCUCCUCAACUCGCGCCAGCUACGAGUCAACACCUCACUGCGUCUGAAACUCCUUUCUCUCUUCCUAAUGACGGCCGUCCGCCCCUCCCUCUCCUUACUCUGCCGACUACCGUUUGUGGGGACGAAGGUCAAGGCUAAGAAGACGAUGCGGACGUGUGCUGGGGCAGCGGGCGGGGUUGUGGGUUUCGCUCUGGACGUCAGGAUUGAUUCUGGCGCUUCUGCCGGUGUCUCUGCGGAUACGGGGCCGGAUUCGAAUGAGGUUGAUGGCGACGGCGAUAGCGAUGGCGAUGGUGAUGGUGACGGCGGGUAUUAUACGCUUUCGAUCCCCGUCAAAGACGUGGGCUUGCCGGAUAUGGAGUGCCUGGAUGAGGAGAGGCAGGAGGCUUUGUGGCGGAAGACAUUGCAGUGGGCGGGGAUUUGGAAUGGAAAUACGGCGAUUCGAGUUGACAUUUAA